AUUGUAGCUAUCACUACACAGACAAUUUCCUCAUCGACCCAUACGAGGAGGAGUUGAAGGAAGAGAAGAGGCGCCGCAAGGAAAUGGAGAAGAUGAAGCAGCAUUGGAACAUGGUUGGAUUUGUCGCUGACGGCCAAUAUGGGAUUCCGAGAAGAUGCCCAUGUGGUGGAUCUAUCAAGCACGAUGUAUCUCCUUCUCCAAAAUUUAAACACGAUUUCGAUACUCAACCAGGCAGUAGGUACUUCAUCUGCACCGAAUUUAAGAUCUGGAUUUUUUUUCUGGGUAAAACUAAUGAUGAACUCCACUUUCGUCAGCCAUGGGUUUUCGGAGUCGAACAAGAGAUUGAGAAACUAGUUAUGAAAGUUGAAGAGCAGAGCAGGAUGAUUGAAGAAAUGCAAAAACAGAUUCAGAUCCAAGCCAAAGAGAUAGCUAAGCUUAAGACU